UAUUACUUUAUCGACUUCCUGUUAAUUUCAUACCGAAUACCUGAGUCAGAAUGCAAAUAAAAGCAUGCUUUCAUCGUCAAUUUUUUGUACGUUUUGUGUAGUGUGACCGAAGAGAUGUUUCCAGUGUGGUCUGUGGUGUUCGGCUUGGCUAGUUUGGUUUUGUGUGCCUGUUCGGGCGAGUUGGAAUAUCCGGAAGUGAGAUAUUGCCCCGUUGUCAAUCCUUGUCAGGCUCCGCUGUUGUACGAUGUGAAACACAGAUGUGGAAUCGACGAGGCGUGUCCGCAAGGGUACAAGUGCUGUAAAAACGGCUGCUACAUCCACAAAGUGUGUGUCGUACCCGUAAACAAAAAUGGAGAUCAGAUACCACCCCCAACUCACGCCGUAACAGACCCCAGCGACGAGCAGGAAAAUGAAAUCAAGGAAUGGCCCAAAUUGUCGACGCAAUUUACCGACAAAGAAACCGGCUCCACGUCAAUCACGAACUUUUCUCACGGUGUAGGAAUUACCAAUGAAUCCGGACAGUCUACCACAAUUACGAGUGAUACAACCGCAAGCACUCAUUUUGAUAACGCAACUGAAGGUGCUACUGAGAGCUUGACAACUUCAAGUUAUACAACCAUGGGUCCUAACGAACAAGAUUCCACCCCCACAGAGGUUCAAGGAACAUUUUCUGAACAUUCGAUCGGUUUCACCAAUCCCACCAAUGCGACUGUAGCUCAAGGUUUGGGGAAUGAAAGCACAACUAGCGAACAGGAUUCGAAUACGAUAAUCGUUCAAGGAACCGUCCCUUCUUCAACAAUCGGCGAUGAUUACACCAGCUUUUCUACUCUUUCCAAUCUCAUCGAGGAGACAUCGCAACAAACUGGAGUGCAGCGCGCUGGAGAUGAACUCACCAGUGGUGAGCAAGAUUUCACCUCAACAAACGUUCCCGAAAUCUCUUCUUCUUCGAAGAUCGAAGAUGAUUACACCAGCUUUUCUACUCUUUCCAAUCUCAUCGAGGAGAGAACGCAAGAAACUGGAGUGCAGGGCGCUGGAGAUGAACUCACCAGUGGUAAGCAAGAUUUCACAUCAACAAACGUUCCAGAAAUCUCUUCUUCUUCGAAGUUCGAAGGUGAUUACACCAGAUUUUCUACUCUUCCCAAUCUUCUCAAGGCGAAAUUGCAAUAUAAUGGAAUUGAGAGCGCUGAAAACGAGCUCACAAGUGGUCAACAAGAUUUCACCUCAACAAACGCUGAAGCGAUCGCUGGAUUUUCUACGCUAGCCAAGACGACUUCGAAGCAAAUUCUAGUGGAAGAUUCCGGAAAUGAAUUAACCAGUGGCGAAACCUCAACAAACGGUCCCUCUACAACCAUCGGCGAGGAUUACACCCAAACUUCCAUCUUUGAUAAUCUAAUCAAGGCGAUAUCGCGGCAUAUCGGCUGGGAAGGUUCUGGUGACGGUUUCACCAGUGACGAUGAAGAUGACUUAGUGGAUGGUAGUGGUGAGGGUAGCGGUAUUACCGAGUAUGUCUCUCAGUCCACCACUGACGCCCCGCACACCCCACAAACGGAAUUCAUCGACCUUGAUGGUGGUACUAGUAGUUUUAGUUUUGAAGAGGUCUCCAAUAACCCAUCAACUUGGGAAGGUUCGGGUGCGGAUGCCACACAUUUUUCCACAUUUACCGAUGACGAAGAUGUUGGCGAAGGCAGCGAAAUUCAAUCACCGCUCACUACAGAUGAUGAUGUGCACUUUCCGGAUGUGGUGACAGAAAUCGGCACAACCAUUUGGAACGGCAGUGUCGAGGAUACUUACGAAGAAAUUACGAAUUCAUCGAUCGGAGUAACCACCACCAUCAAUUCACGGUCUGAAAGUACUGGUACAUCGGAUGAUGAUAUACGUUUUCCAGAUGAAACGGAUUCACCAACCAGACCUUCGCCCGAUGGAAGCUCUGACGGAUCUGUGGAACAGACGAAACCACCGUCAGAAAAUGACGACAUCACAUUUCCACACGAAAGUACUCCAACAGAAAAUAAUCACGUGAAAUUCCUAACGUCUAAAGGAAGGGAAUUGGAAGGCUCAGGUGAUGACUCCAACGAUACUGAAAGUGACGAGGACGACGACGAAGGAGAGGAAACUACUUUGCCGACGUUUGUGACCACCAGUUCGACAAACUUGACCGUGAAAGCUCUCCCCUCGCACACCUUCGCCGUAGGUCCGCACGAUAAUGUAACGUACGAAGAGGACGAUGACGACGAAGAUGACGAUGGUGUAGACGAGGAUAUACGAAAUAACUUUCAAGGUAAAACAGUGAGGGGUUGAUUGUUAGUAGACUCUUGUUUUGUUACUGAAAUUAUUAGAUUCGCCUCUAAUUUUUGUAGUCAUACGGAUUGUUUUACAGAAGCAAGACGUAUUUAUUAUACUAUGGUGGCAACCACCACGUCUGUAAAUAAAUAUUUUUGUCCUUCAUUUGCCUAAAUCUAAAAAUUAAAUGAUCUCUGUACA